AUGCCGCGCCCCAAAGUCCUUCCUGCGAAUCGACUAAGGGCCAACACGGCCUGUACGGCCUGUCGCGCCUCCAAGAAGCGCUGCAGCGGCACUUUUCCUUGCUCCAACUGCCUCCACAAGGGACGCGGCCGUACCUGCAUUCCGUUCAGGGCCGUGUCGGAUACAGGACAGCGCAACCGCCCGACUCCCGUGCGAUCGGUAGUAGACUCGGGUCCGACAUGGGACGACGCAGCAGGCACAGUCGGCAUCCAGAGCCCGACCGGCUCUCACGACACCAGCCGAUUCCCUUAUCCAGAUCCCCAAGCCCUCGAGGCGGGUUCCCGAUCCCCGGAGGCCACUCACCAGACUCAUCCGCGCAUGCUACGGAACUUGCAAGGCGAACGAGUCUAUGUCGGCAAAGCGGCCUCUCUGUCCUUUCUGCAGCUCCUGCGGGAAACCGUCAAUCAACACAUCGGACCAUCCCAGUUCUCUCAUAAUGUCAAGAGUGAGGACAUGCUCGAAACAGAAGCUCAACAUGACACGCUGAACUUUGCCGAAGAACGCUGCGACGCGGACGAGAAGCGGUGGUUUAUCCAGAACUAUCACGCAGCGAUAAGUGGCUUUCUUUAUUUUGGAUGCAAUAUCGAUACAACUCUGUCAGAUGCAAACCCGCCCAAAACCGAUAGAGAAAAGACCAGAGCGGCUAUUGGCGAUUUGAUGAUUGCCAUCGGAGCCCAGUCAUGUCCUGACGAUCCAAGUAGUCUUCAGGCCGAACGGUUCUUUCUUGCCCGUGGCCAGUCUAGGACGUUUGCCAAUAUGCUGGAGGACCCGAGCAUGGAUCUGGUUCGGGUGUUUCUUCUCAUGUCAUUUUACAUGCUUGGAGCUUGCCGCCGGAACGCGGCUUUCAUGUACUUGGGUGUGGCAGCACGAGCUGCCGUUGCUCUAGGGCUUCACGCUGAUCCCUCGGAGACUGUCAGCCGCACCGAGCAGCAGGAACGGUCCCGGGUAUGGAUGAGCCUGUGUGUUCUUGAUCUCCUUGUGAGUUCAAUACUUGGCCGCCCAUCGGCCACAUCGUCUCUAUUACCAGAGAAUCGCAGAGAAGCUCCUCCGACAGCACCUACACCGACGGAGACUCGACUGAUCUCAUCUUAUCGCCUAGCCUUGAUAUUGGAUGAAAUUAUAGGUCGUUUGUACAGCGAGAAAGCGGCGUCCAUAGAGACAGCCGAUAUGCUUCUCGCCAAACUAAAUCGUUGGAGUACAUGCCUACCGGACUCACUGCGGACUACAUCUCUCGAAAAUGAUGACGAUGGCUCUACUCAGGAACGUGUUAUAGGCAACCUGCAUGUGGCAUGCUCGUAUCACUUUGCCGUCAUCCUCGUUACUCGUCCGUUUCUCAUAUCUGCACUGAGCAUCCGGCUGGCCCGGCUGCAUCAGAGUUUAUCGGCUGGUGUGCCCAGUGAACCGCUGGAGCAGGAUCCGGCGCACUCCCGAUUGGCAUCUGCAUGCAUCGACUCGGCCGUGUAUAUGCUACAGACGUGCUUGGAAGUCCAUCAAUCGGGGCUACUGCUACGGAAUAUGCGCAUUCUCAAGGCUUUCGUCUUCGCCGCAGCCUUGGUUCUGGGGUUCUCAAUGUUUUCGCACCGAGAAGUCGACACCGAAAUAGACGGCGCCUUCAGCAGCGCCCUCGCCAUCUUACGCAUGCUGUCCCAGCAGUCCGCCCAAGCAGCACACUACCUCGAAAUCCUAACAUUGCUAGAAGCAGCCGUAACAGAGCAGCGCCAGCGACUGGCCGCCCAGGCCCGCCAAAGGCGAAGCCACUAUGUCAAUCGGAUAUUCAGUCUGAGCGAAAAUCCAACUACUCCGCGGGCGUCCGGUGAGGCUGAUAGCCAAGCUAAUAGCGGUACUCCUCUUCUACUGGCUCAGGGCGGUUCGCUUUAUCCAUGGACUACUUCGGAGGAUAACACGACGCUGACGCCCCCGAUAGUGGAUGCGUUUCCAGAUUGGGAGGGCAUGGAGUUACCGCUGUGGGACAGUUUUCCGUUUCUUACUGAGCCGUCUGUGACGCUUUGA